AUGGCGGGAGCAUGCGAAGUGACUAACCAGGCUCUGAUUACCACAGCAACAGUGAAAGCAGCAACGACAGUGACAGCAGCAGCAACAGUGACAGCAACAACAGUGGCAGCAGCAGCAGCAACAGCAGCAACAGCAACAGCAGCAGCAGCAGCAGCAGCAGCGACAGCAGCAGCAGCAGCAGCAGCAGCAGCAGCAGCAGCAGCAGCAGCAGCAGCAGCAGCAGCAGCAGCAGCAGCAGCAGCAGCAGCAGCAGCAGCAGCAGCAGCAGCAGCAGCAGCAACAGCAGCAACGACAGUGAGAGCAACAGCAGCGAUGAUGACUAUCCGUGUGGUCCUCGAGGGAGGGAGUGCUACGACAGUGGGGCACCUGGGGGCAUGUACUGCCGGGCCUCCCCCAUUAAUUCCUCUGCUCUCUCUCUCCCACUCUUCUCUCCACUCACAUCCUCUCUCCUCUGAUACCAUCUCCCCUUCCACGCUCUCUCCCACUCUCUUUUGA